CGAGGCCGGCCCGGGGGCCCGGAGCGGCCGGAGCAGCCCGCGUCCUGGCCCCAGCUUCGGCCCGGCUCCCGCUCCGGCUCCUGGCUCAGCCGGUGGGCGGGCGGGCGCAGCGCGGCCCGGGCGGGGGGGAUGUCUCGGCGGACUCGCGGCGAGGAGCUGGAUGAGCUGCACUACCAGGACACUGAUUCAGAUGUGCCGGAGCAGCGGGACAGCAAGUGCAAGGUCAAAUGGACCCACGAGGAGGAUGAGCAGCUGAGAGCCCUGGUCAGGCAGUUUGGACAGCAAGACUGGAAGUUCCUGGCCAGCCACUUUCCUAACCGCACCGACCAGCAGUGCCAGUACCGGUGGCUGAGGGUGUUGAAUCCAGACCUUGUCAAGGGGCCAUGGACCAAAGAGGAAGACCAAAAGGUCAUCGAGCUAGUCAAGAAGUACGGCACGAAACAGUGGACGCUGAUCGCCAAGCACCUGAAGGGCCGGCUGGGGAAGCAGUGCCGUGAGCGCUGGCACAACCACCUCAACCCUGAGGUGAAGAAGUCCUGCUGGACUGAGGAGGAGGACCGCAUAAUCUGUGAGGCCCACAAGGUGCUAGGCAACCGCUGGGCCGAGAUCGCCAAGAUGCUGCCGGGGAGGACAGACAAUGCUGUGAAGAAUCACUGGAACUCCACCAUCAAAAGGAAGGUGGACACGGGGGGCUUCCUCAGUGAGUCCAAGGACUGCAAGCCCCCCGUGUACUUGCUGCUGGAGCUCGAGGACAAGGAUGGCUGCCAGAGCGUCCACCCUGCGGAAGGCCAGGGAAGUCUUGUGGCCACCUGGCCCCUGGCGCCCCUGGCCAUGAAGGAAGAGGAAAGCAGUGAGGAGGAGGCCACAGCAGCCACCACGUCUGAGGAGCAGGGGCCUAUCCCUGCAGAGCUGGACAGAGUGUGGACACCAGAGCCCAUGGAGGAGUUCCCCAAGCGGGAAGACCAGGAGUGCUUCCCACCAGCAAUGAGCCUGCCCUAUAAGUGGGUCGUGGAGGCCACCAACCUCCUCAGCCCUGCCGUGGGGUCCAGCUUCUCCGAAGCCCUGGACUUGAUCGAGUCGGACCCCGAUGCCUGGUGCGACCUGAGUAAAUUUGACCUCCCUGAGGAGCCGUCUGCAGAGGGCAGUGUCAACAGCAGCCCUGUGCAGCCACAGGCACCACGUCAGCACCUAGCACUGGCGCACCGCCAGCCUGCUGUCCUGGUGCCCAGCGUGACCGAGUACCGCCUGGACGGCCACACCAUCUCAGACCUGAGCCGGAGCAGCCGGGGCGAGCUGAUCCCCAUUUCUCCGAGCACGGAGGUGGGGGGCUCAGGCUUCGGCACGCCGCCCUCGGUGCUCAAGCGGCAGAAGAAGAGGCGUGUCGCUCUGUCCCCCGUCACAGAGAACAGCGCCAGCCUGUCCUUCUUGGACUGCAACAGCCUCACCCCCAAGAGCACGCCUGUCAAGACCCUGCCCUUCUCGCCCUCCCAGUUUCUGAACUUCUGGAACAAACAGGACACACUGGAGCUGGAGAGCCCCUCGCUGACGUCCACCCCAGUGUGCAGCCAGAAAGUGGUGGUAACCACGCCCCUGCACCGGGAUAAGACACCCCUGCACCAGAAACAUGCUGCGUUUGUCACCCCAGACCAGAAGUACUCCAUGGAUAACACUCCCCACACGCCAACCCCAUUUAAGAAUGCCCUGGAGAAGUAUGGACCACUAAAGCCCCUGCCCCACACCCCGCACCUGGAGGAAGACUUGAAGGAGGUGCUGCGCUCAGAGGCCGGCAUCGAGCUUGUCAUCGAGGACGAUGUGAGGCCUGAGAAGCAGAAGAGGAAGCCAGGGCUGCGGCGGAGCCCCAUCAAGAAAGUCCGGAAGUCUCUGGCUCUUGACGUCGUGGAUGAGGACAUGAAGCUGAUGGUGUCCACACUGCCCAAGGCUAUGUCCUUGCCAACAAAUGUCCCAUCAAGCUCUUCCAGCCUCACCCUGUCAGGUAUUAAAGAAGACAACAGCCUGCUCAACCAGGGCUUCCUGCAGGCCAAGCCCGAGAAGGCCGUGGCAGUCCAGAAGCCCCGGAGCCACUUUCCAACCCCUGCCCCUAUGACCCGCGCCUGGAAGACGGUGGCCUGUGGGGGCACCAGGGACCAGCUCUUCAUGCAGGAGAAAGCCCGGCAGCUCCUGGGCCGCCUGAAGGCCAGCCACACAUCGAGGACACUCAUCUUGUCCUGAGGGGCUUGGACAGUCUGGAGCCCGUUCUGAUGUUUACAGCAGGGAGGGGCAGCACUCAGAUGACUUGGGUGGCGCCGCCUCGGUGGCCUGCAUGGAGCCUCCUGCCACCACCCCCUCCCCAGGCAGCUCAGGUGGAGGCCCAGCAGGGCCACAUUGUGGUCCUGUCUCCACAUCUGGCUGCAGGCAGCUUCUGGUGCUAAUAGAACAAAGCCCCCUCCUGGGCCUGCCUGGUGCUCUCCCCAGUGCCACGGGGAGCCUCUUUAGUGUCUCCCAGACCCUGGCCAGGCCUGGCCUCGUCUCAGGCUCCUGCUUAGGACAGGACCGUGGCCAGGGCUACCCCUGCCCUAGCGCCUGUUGAUAUUUUUCUUGAAAGAAUAAAACUGCUUUUCUCUUUGU